AUGCAGGGGGCUUUUCGCACCACCAGUGCCUAUGAACUCCAGGAGAAGGACCUAGGCAGACUGCACCGUGCAGCUGCCCACGGCAACCUGGCCUGGCUGAGGCGGUGGCGCUGGUGGCUGAAAAGAGUCAGCAUCAACAGGCGAGACAAGGAGAAGCGGACACCUCUGCAUCUUGCUUGUGCAAACGGCCAUGUGGAUGUUGUUACGUAUCUAGUAGAAAACAAGUGUAAGCUAAAUCUUUUUGACAAUGAUAACAGAUCACCACUGAUGAAGGCAGUACAGUGCCAGCAAGAAAAAUGUGUGGCUAUUCUGCUAGAGCAUGGUGCCGACCCGAAUCUGGCAGAUGCUGACGGCAACGCUGCCCUUCACCUUGCUGUCCUAUCUCCUAAUACAGCUGUAGCGGGGCUGUUACUCGAGCAUAAUGCCGAUAUUGAUGCCCAGAAUAAGGAGGGAUAUACCCCACUUAUUCUUGCUGUCUCAGAACAUCACGAAGAGAUGGUAGAGUUUCUUCUUAAAAAAGGAGCUGAUGUGCAUGCUCGAGAUCAGUGUGAAAGAACCCCACUUAUGACUGCUGCUUCUGGUGGGGAGCUUAAUUUGAUAAAAGUUCUUCUUCGGUACGGUGCUGAUGUUUCCCAUAAAGACACUAAUGGAUGGACAGCUGAGGAUUAUGCUGUUAUUCAUGGAUAUUCUAGUCUUAGUAAACAACUGGCAGAAUAUGCAGACUGGGAAAACACAGGAGAAGCUUCUGCAGGUGGUGCACAAGGCAUCAUGGUACUUGGCACUCCACACCGGGCAGGAGCUGCUGGCUUUACGUUGGGUGCACCUGCUGUGGACAGAGGAGGAAUGCAACAAUCUCCUAACCAGACAUCAAGAACAGGAAAAUCAAGGAAAGCAAUAGAUGACUUUUCCCAAGGAGACUCAAUAAGAAGCUCUGAGAAAGAGGGGAGUGAUGACAGCUGGCAUACUUCUGAGGAAGAAGAACUCGAUUUUACCCCCAAGAAGCUGCAGAAGCCAAACUUGACAUUGCUAAUGAAUGCUUCCCAGCAGUUCAGGAAAAACAAUGAUGGUGAUGGUUCUAGAAUUGAAAGUCCUAAGUCACCAAAGAAAAGCCUCAAACAAAGAACCCCAUCAAAUGCAAACCUGAACAAAGGAGAUUGUGGAGAAUUAUUGAAUAAAGAUGUCUCAGAUGCAAGCAACCUGGAGGAAGAAGAAUUGGAGGAGGAGGAGGAAGAUGAUGAUGAAACUGACAAUGGAGAUGAUGAUGAAGAUUAUGAGGAGGAAGAGGAAGAAGAGGAGGACGAAGAUCUUACUCAAGAUGAAAAGGAGGAGGAAGAUCUGGAAGAUGAAGAAACUCAGUCUAAUGACAUACUGGAGAAGGAGCAGGGGGAGAAAACAGAACCUAAACCUAAAGGGGAAAUGAAUCAGCAACUGGAGUAUUUUAAUAAUGCUAAGUAUGAAGGGGAAGCUCAGUGUGGAACCGGAGAUGUCUGUGAUGAUGAUCAUAAAGUAAGUAAAGAACCUGAUGAAAAGGUGGAGGAAUCUGUUGAUACUCCUGUGUCUUUUAUAACCGGGUGUUAUGAAAGAUUGCAAGAAAAUAUAACUGCCAUGCCUCCGAAGAUAAUGAAUAAUGAAGUAUCUUGCAAGUCAGUACCAAAACAAGCUGUCUUUCAAAAUCUAAAUAAUUUGCAAGAUACACAAGAAAGCUGGAACAGGAAAAGCGUGAUUCAGGAGAAGUUUCACAUAAAUGCUGACUCCUGUUUUGCAGACUCUGAAAUGAAAAAAGAGAUACCUCAGCCUCUCUCAGAUAGUUGUCUUGAGAAAAAGUCAAGCUUCAGUGAUGGCUUUGAAAGUGGUGAUAAUUCUUGGUCAGCAGCAAAAAACCCAAAGCUUGAAAGUCAAAGACCGAAUUCUGUCGUUCUUGAACAUGUGGAUGAUGAAGAUACUGAAGAAGAGCAAUAUGAAGAAGUAGAUGAUAAAGUCUGUGAAGCAGUGAAACAAGAAAGUGAAAACUUGCACUUAAAUAAGCAUGAAGAAAACUUAAGAGCAGCAUUUCACUCAAGCACCAAAGAAGAAUCACCUGAACGGGAAGAAGAGGAGGAGGAGCAGAAGGAAGACACUGAUGAAGAGCUACAAACUGCAGUUGUUGAGGGUGUGAAAAAUUCUAUUUGUAAUGAUAGCCAUCAAGUCCACAAUGCUUCAAAAGACAAUGCUGGUGAGAGAAGUGCCCUGCCAGCAGUGGGAGCAGAGGAAGAAGAAGAUGCUGAAUCUCCCUGGGAUUCUGAGACGGAUUCUGGAAGUCCAAGAAAAGUUUCGACUGGUGUGUUGCUCCCAGCUGCAGACAGACAUGGAGCAUGCUCACAGGUUGUUUCAGGGGAACACGACAAUGGCUUUUCAGAGAAACCAAACAAUUCCCAGCUGAAGACUCCCGAAUCUGUUUUGGAAAUGAAUGAAACCUCUCCUAAAAGAAGGCAGCAGAAAUCAGAUCUAUUGGAGGAAUUUGGUUUAGGAGAUGCAGAGGAUAUUGAAGGUGAGUACUCAGGAUCUACCUUUCAUAUGUCAUCAUCAGCUGAAAAAGAAGACAUCAAGGAUGCCAUUGAAAACUUUGGGGUGCGGGAUAAAUAUGGUUUAGAAACCACCAACUUGAUAGAAAAAACAGCACAUGAAAAUCAGACUGACAAAGCAGAAAUUUCACAUCAGGAAGCCCUAGCAGAAAAUGAGGAAUUGCACAGUGCUGACAAGCAGUUAAGUCCAAAACCUUGGGAAGAAAGAUAUGAAAGAAUGUGGGUUGAAAAUGAGAAAAGGGAAUUGAAAACAAAUUUUAAAAACAUUACAGCAGAGCUGAAGCAGCUGUUUGGUGAAAUUAAUGAAAUGGGGAAAACUACUUCCCUUGUGGAAGAAGUGUCAGAAGAUGGCUUCAGUGAAGAAUUGAAGAGUUCUCGUGUUGUUUCAUCUCAUGCGACGGAAUCAAGUAAUAAGUUAGAAAGUAAAGGUAAACUUGGAGAUAUUAAACUUAUGCUAGAUGGAAAAGAACCCAAAAUGGAAAUUGUAAUUCCAAGUCUUGGUGUCCUUCCUGACCAAAAUAACUUAAAUGCAAACAUGGAAGAUACCUGGAGUACAGAUGAAGAAGAUAGCACAAACGAUACAGAUAAUACAAAGGUGCCUCUAGCAAAAGGAGAGGAAAAGAAAAUGCUUACUAUGGAAAUGGAAGAGAAUGAAAAUGGAAGUAGAAGAAAUGUAGAGGGAAGUCCUGAAUACUCCCUGAGACAUAGCUUAAAAACAAGUAUUUUGGAUGAAGUUUCUAAUAUUUUUCCUAAAAUAAGACCUGUUUCUACGAGUGAUGAAAAUGCACUUUUUGUAACAGAAAGGAAACUUGGAAAAGACUCUGAAUUUAAUGAUGAUGUUUCCAGGGACUGCCUUAUGGACAACAAUAAAAUAGGAGAAACAGAAAUUGACAGUCUUUUUGCAAAUGCUCAGCAGUCGUGUGGCAUGCUGAAAAGGAAUCUUGAUGAAGAACUAAAACAAGAUAUGGAAAGAUUUAAGAGUAAGGUAGGAAUGCUGCAAAUAGUAUUCCUGGCUUUGGAGAAGGAGAAGGUACAGCUGCAAAAAGAGGUUGAGAAGGAAAAAAGCAAACAAAGAUGUUUCAAAACGCAGGCGGUGGCAAAACAGGAAGAUCUUGAUAAAUUAAAUACACCGGCAGACAAUGUUACUAAUCAGCAAAUGAAACAACAGAUUACUCUAAGGAAGAAUGACUCUUUGAAAAUGGAGAAUGAAAACACCAUAGAAGAAAAAGACAAAAAGAAUUUUUCAUCUGAGGAGAGAUCAAAAUUGAUUAAAAUGCCGAUGAAAGGUAAAUUUGCCCUGAAUGCCAAAGUUGCAAAGAAGAAUAAAAGACAGACUUCAAAGCAGAAGGCUAAUCAGCAGAUGAGCUCUUCCAGUGGAAAUCAUUUUCAAGUAUUGGAUGAUAGCACUUUCAGUGAAACAUCUCAAGAUGAAAGAAGACCUGCAGCAAAAACAGGGAAUGAAAAGAACAAGGUCAGCAUACAAAUGGAUGUAACUGAUGAUCUUGAUUUAACUCACUCAUCUGACACAACUUCAGAGGAUGUUGAAUUACCAACUUCAACCUACAAAGAGGCUAUGUUGCUGUUAGAACAGCUUAGUGUGGAUCAUACGGGUUCUGCUAUUUUGUUGAAAAUUCAGAACAUACUUCUUGAAUAUGAACAGAUAAUAGAACGUGAAAAAAAUCGGUAUACAGCUGUUUGGAGAGAAGUAAAGAAGUUGGAAAGUGAAAAGGAGGAGUCACAAUUAAUAGCAGAAAAGACUCAAGAUUUGAAAUCCAUAUUGGCUCACCAAGAAGUGGAAUGGAAAAGUGAUAUCCAAAGCCUUAAAUUUACUUUGAAACAAGAAGAGGAAAAGAGGCUCAGAGUAGAAACGCUAUAUGAGAAAACAAGAGAAAAACUCAGAAGGAAAGAAGAUCAAUAUUGUAAAGAGAUGGAGGAGAAACAGCAACUUGAGUUACACUCAAGGAAUUUAGAAAUGGAGUUAAUAACACUGAGAAACCUCUUGAAACAGGUUGAAGAAGAGCGUGAUGAAACACAGAGACAGCUCUCUCAGGAAAAGAGUGCCAGAGCCCUGCAAGAAGGAAUUUUGAACAACCACCUUUGGAGACAGAAGGAACUAGAAGAAGAGACAAGAAGAACUAUAGGAAAAAAUUCAGAGGAAUCCGACACUGAGAGAGAAAAGGAUCUGUUGUUCAGAAAUCAGUUACUACAAGAUGAGAUUGCUAUGCUAAGACUAGAACUUGACCAAAUAAGACUUAGGCACCAGGAGGAAGAAGGAAAAUAUUUAGCAGAAAAUGAGACCUUGAAAGAAAAAAAUGAAGAUCUCAAAAAGGAACUUAAACUGAAUGAGGAAGCCUUAACACAGACAGUUUUUCAGUACAACGGACAGCUGAACUUAUUAAAGACAGAAUCUGCGGUGCUAACUUCCAAACUUGAGCAGACAAAAGAAAGCAAAGACAGACUAGAGACAGAAAUUGAAUCAUUUCGUUCCCGCCUGAACACUACUGUGCAAGAACUUGAACGUCAUCAGUCAUCAAAAAGUGAUGUUGAACGAACGUUUCAGAGAGAACGUGAUGAAUGGCUUCGCGUGCAAGACAAGCUCCAUCAUGACCUCUCUGAUGUGCGAGAAACCAACAAGAGCUUGUCUCAGCAGCUGAGUAAAGCUGAAAGCAAAGCUAAUAGUCUAGAAAAUGAGCUUCACCAGUUGAAACAAACGCUCAGAGAAAAAACAUUGCUUUUAGAAAUGACACAAAAAGAAUUAAGUCAAGCCCAGUGUCAGGCAAAGGAAUGUGAUCAUGCUCGACAACUUGAGAAAGAUCAAGUAAGCAAAUUUAUAAUAAAGCAGGAAUCUAUGCAGGAGCGAUUGGCCCAGCUCCAGAGUGAAAAUCUUUUACUCCGUCAGCAACUGGAAGAUAUGCAGAACAAGGGCAUCAUCAAAGAAAAAGUAGUGAAUGAUGUGCAGGACCGGUUUAAUGAUAUUUUCAACAAACUCAGAGCUGAUACUGAAAAGCAAGUUUACCUAGUGGAAGAGAGAAACAAGGAAUUAAAUGCCAAGUGUACUGAUUUAAGAGAACAAGUCUUCAAAUAUGAGACUGACAAAGUAGAAAGAGAGGGCAUGGUCAGACAGCUGCAGCAGGAGCUUGCUGAUGCUCUUAAAAAGCAAUCUAUGUCAGAAGCUUCACUUGAAGUUACUACGCGCUACCGCAGCGACUUGGAGGAAGACAAAUUGCACUUGCAAAAGGAGUUGGAAAAGGUUAAAACCAAGUUGCGGGAGCUGGAAGAACAGCAUCUUCAGUCUGAGCAUUGUGUUCAUGACUUGAAGGCUGCCUUGGAUAAUAAGGAAAGAGAAGUAACAGCUUCUUCUCAGAAGCUGCAGGACCUCCUGUUGGCAUCUUCUGGGACUAAUACUACUAUAAAACAACUGGAAGAGCACGUGCAACGCCUUGAAAUUGAAAAUGCCAGAUUGGAAGCCACAGUCCAGCAACAAAACAAUAGGAUUGAAGCCCUUCAGAGAGACCUGCAAGCCUCUGCCUCGGUUCAUAACCGCCUGGAAGACUUGAUAACUGGCUUACAGACAACACGGGCAGCUGCAGAGGACCACCACCAUCAGCAGAUGCAAAAGCAGAAUGUGCUGGCUCUGACAUCAAAGGAUUCGCACAGCAUGUGGGAAGAGCAAUUGAAGUCAAGAUCCCACCUUGAAGAGCGUGUUGCUCAGCUUAACAGGGAAAAGGCUGAACUCUUGGAACAGUGUGAGAGUGAAAGAAAGAAAGUGAAGAAGCUGGUAGAGUUGAAACGCCCAGUUGAACUGCGUCUGGACCAAGAAAUGAAAAGAAACAUCGAACUGCAGAAAGACUGUAAGAGGUUGAAGAGGCUUCUGAACAGAACUAUGAAGAAACUGAGGGUGUAUGAGGAGAGAGUGAGAGAGUCCCAGCUUAAUUUGCAGGGAGAAAUGAAGAACAGGUAUUCUGAAAUGGUCCAUGAAGGUGGUGGAUUAAGAACAAAG